GAGAGAGGGAGAGGCGGAGAGAGAAAGUGGACAAACAAACGGAGAGCAGACGGCUGCCAGCAUUCACACGGGCGACACGCAGGAGGACGGUCACUCCAGCGACACGGCACUCAACCUCGCGAGCGCAGCUCAUGCCAACGCCAGCGCCGGCCCAGUGACGGCCCGCAGCAGGAUGGAGGACCCCUACGACGACAACCAGAGCGACAGCGGCGUGUCGGCCGACUUCUCGGCGGAGGUCUCCGGCCGCACCCCGGCGUCCGACUCGCCCGAGCCCCGCAAGCCGCCGCCCAACGAGACGCCCAUCGAGCGCGAGAUCCGCCUGGCGGCCGAGCGCGAGCAGAGCCUGCGCCAGGCCCGCGGGCUGGCCACCUCGGACCGGGGCGCCGAGUUCGUGGAGAUCCCCGCGCGCCGCGUCCCGCUCCUCUCCCGGGAGCUGCCGCCCAGCCGAGCGGUCAAGGACAAGGGCAAGGAGCGGCAGUUCGCCGGCAAGAAGAUGCAGCGCGAGAUCAGCCAGGAGACGCAGCGCGAGCAGGACCUGGUGCAGCUGGGCCGCGUGCAAGGCGGGUACGAGAAGGGCACCGUGCGGCAGCUGCGCGAGAGGAAGCUGCUCUUCGAGGCCUUCCAGCAGUCCUUCGAGGUGCCCGCCAGCCCCAGGAAGGGCUCGCUGUCGGCCGGCGACCUGUUCGCGGGGCUCGGCGGCGGGGCUCCGGGCGACGACGACUCGUCCGCCUCUUCGUCCGCCUGCGGCAGCGAGAGGCGGCACAGCCUGGAGCUCCUCUCCUCCUCCGUGCCGAGCGCCCGCGGGCCGGGGCUGUCCGAGGGCACCGGCGGGCAGAUCAUCAUCAUGGAGGGGCAGCACGUCUCCCAGAUGCCCCUGUCCUCGGACGCUGACCGGACCCCGCACGCCGCCCCGGGGCCAGGCGCUCUCGCGGAGGCGCAGGCGCUGACCGUAGUGGACUCGCCUGCACCUCCCUACGUGGAGAUGGAGCAGGAGGAGGAGGCGCAGGAGGAGGAGGUGGAGGUCAACUCGGUGAUGGUGCGGGAGAACCCCUUCUUCAAGCUGCGCUCCUCCAUGUCCAUGCGGCCGCAGGUGGAGCGGGACAUCCGUCAGGCGCAGGAGCGCGAGCGGGAGCUGCGUAAGCAGCGGAGCAGCCUGUACCAGGGGGCAGCGGGGGCAGAGGCGCCCAACGCCCACAACGGCCUGCUGGGGACACACACACGCUCCUCCACAGCAUCAGUGAUCAGACCCCAAACAGACACAGCUCACAGGGAGCAAACAGAGGCCCAGAAAAGUCCCCCCGGUGUUGUCAGGACCCCUCGACAGAAGAGCUCCCUGGUGCAGCGCUGGGAGGCGGGCAUGGUGAACGGCCAGGAGGACUGACCGCAGCAUGCACUGUUGGGCGCCGGAGCGCCAGGAUACUGGGAAUGGCCUUUUGGGGAUGUGGGAAUACUGGACAGAGGGCAUGUUGGGACACUGGACUGGGAAUGGGACUGUCGAGGAGCGGUGGAAUUUUCGGUGGAAUUGUGUGAAUCUUAGGAGAGCGUUUGGGCUCCUAACUUCAGUGCCAUCAGAUGGUUAGCGACUCCGCAGAUGUUAGCCUGCAGCAGCCCAGGUGUAGCAGCCACAGCUGUAGCAGGUUGCAGGGUACCCUGGUGUUCAGCCAUCACAACCACAUUCACUUCCAUGUUCUUCUUUAGCUUACUAUACCUGUAUCAAGCUACAGUCAAUUAAUUAUCUCAUGAUUACUGUAGAACUCCUUAUUCAUCCGUGCAAUAACAAUAACACGUACAUAACUUAUUUAACAUCAGUAGAUAUUAUAUUGACAUGAGUGUACAAUUACAUUUACUAAUGUUUCAAGAUUAGCUGUCAGUUGGACCAGACUGUAAUUAUGUAAAAAGGUGCACAUGAAAUACACCUCUGUAUCAAAUGCACUUUCUCAUGGUGGUUCAGCAUUAAAGAUGACUAAUAAUAACAAAUCUCUCAGUAGAGCAGCUGAAAGAACAAAAUAUUAUCAGUAAUAAAUCAGCUUUC